AAGCUUGGCGAGCCGAGCAGACAUAUUGAGACAAGGAUGGUCGCUGCGUUGCACAAAACCUAGCUCGUUACAGGAUGGUCGGGAGGCACCUCUCCACAGAACUGCCCCCACAGAGUGGCCAGGGGCCCCAGUAUGAUAAUCCCCUCUGGGGACAUCUGCCAGCCAACAGAAGUGCCACAAGUGCUGUAUCUUCCACAAAUCUCAGUGGCUGGGAUCAACUGAUCAUCGACCAGAAGGACACAGAGGCUUGGCCUUCUAUUACCCUCAACCAGAGCCAGGCCUCUCCAGGAGGAUGCCCUUUGGACACUGACUCUGGUCGCCUGACCAGCAGCAGCAGCAGUACUAGCAGUAGUUGUAGUACAGUGAGCAUGGCUACGGGAGCCAAUAGCCAGACAGGCCACUUCCCUGCCAACCACCUUAGCAGCAAAGCCAACAGUGGUCCUGGUCCUGCCAAUCAUACUGGAACCAGCAUGCUCUCUAGCCAGGUUGCAUCUAAUCGCAGCUGGGGCUCUGGGCCUGGACCCUCCCAUUGCCCCCCUCAGUCCUCAGUGGGGAGUGACGGGAAAGGUGACAGCGCGGUGGGAGGAGGAGGCGGCAGCAGAGGCUGGGGUUCGUCUUCGUCAUCCUCCACCACCAACUUUAACUUGAACCUAAACCCUAACGCCAACCCGUCUGCCUGGCCCAUGUUGGGGCAUGACGCGGGUGGCACAGGGGGAGGCAGCUCAGGGGGAGCCAACACCAUUUCACCUCCUCAAUCUACACCCAACCUCUGUAAUCCACCUGGCCCCCCACCAGCCCCGACCAGCACCUGUACCGGAGCCAACACUAACAGUAACUCCUCGGGGAUUGGCAGUGCUUGGGGUACUAUAAUGGCUUCUGAUUCAUCAGAGCUACACCCCUCCCCAUCCACGAAUGUGUCUUUCAGUUCAGAACCUCAGAACCUUAAAACUGAUGGACCAAAUCACACUAAUAAGCAGGAACCUCCAAGCCCCAUCCGCAACAUGCCUGGCUGGGGUAAUGCACCUGCAGUCUUGGGUUCCAUGGGCCAGCCGCCACCAGGGGGCUCCCAGGUCAAUGGAGAAGAUGUUAACUCGGUUUGGGGUAACAGUGGCAACUCAAAGGCAACUUCAUCUAAAGAAUCACCUGGCUGGGAAUCUGGCUGGGGACAUGGAGGAGGUGGAGCGGGAAACUCAGGAGGCUGGGGUGAACAGUCUGGUGGAGACUGGGGCAAGCAGCACACUGAUGAAGCCCAGGGAGGCUGGGAUGCACCCAGCUCCCCCCCUCAGGACUCACAAACUAGUCCUUGGAGCAGAGCUGUGAGCACAGCAGCUGCUAGUGAAGGGAGCAGUGACAGUAUGGAAGGACAUCCCCAGCGGAGAGACCGCUCAUCUAGAGAUAAUCCAGCUCCUCUGUUGCCUGCCCAGGAUCUGGACCCCAGAGUGCUGUGCAACACUGGCUGGGGACAGACCCCUGUUCGCCAGCACACCUCCUGGGACAUGGACGAUACUAAACGCCAGAAUGAUGUAGGCACUGAAUCAUGGGGCUCUGGCCCUACCACUCCAAGUGAUACCCAGGGUCCAUCCAACAGUAACACGGGCCUGACUCAGAGGACUGACUCUGGGAGCAAAAAUGAUGUGCCUGGUUCUCAGGGAGCCUCAGGCUGGGGUGGAAACAUGGCUACCACCACUCAGCCCAGCUCUGGUUGGGGAGAGCCAACGAACAGCAUUAAGCCCCCAGGUGGCCCAGGUGGCCCAGGUGGUCCAGGUGGCUGGGGGAACCCUCCAGCAGGUGGGCCUGCAACCACCAAUAUACCCAAGAAUGGUAGCCAGUCCUGGGGGGAGGAGAAGUCUACUGGUUGGGAUGAUUCUCACGCCAAGUCAACAUCCCAGGGCUGGGGAGAGCAACCCAAGACAUCCCACAACUGGGGCAACAGUGGAGGAAGCAAUAAUACAGGGGACUGGGGCGAACCAGAAGAGAGCAAAAAGAGCCCCACUAACCCUGGAUGGGAGGGAGGAGAACAAGGAGGCUGGAAGGAAAAUCCACGAGGCUGGGGAAUGUCAUCUUCGGGACCUGGUAUAUCUGGAGCUGGAGGAAAUGGGGGCUGGGGAGAAUCAGCGCCCCAGCGCCCCAGCGGCCCCCCUCAAGGAUGGGGGAGCAAGCCUCAGGAUGGGCCCAGUGGUAAUAGUGGAACAGGGGGCAUGGGCUCUUGGGGUGGCUCAGGCUCAGUGAAGCAAGGUGCGGGCUGGAGUGGCAGCAAGAAAGAGUCCUCAGCAGAGCCAACAGGUUGGGAAGAGCCGUCCCCUCCCUCAAUCCGCCGCAAGAUGGAGAUAGACGAUGGAACUUCCGCGUGGGGUGACCCUGGUACCUACAACAAGGCAGUUAAUUUGUGGGACAGGAACAAUCCAGGGAUGUCCCAAGCCAAAAUUACCACUGGUGGCAAUAACACCCCAGGCUCCAACAACAACCACUCCCACUCUCACAAUCACCCCUAUCAUGGGCCACCUGCACCUUUACAGAACCAUAGCCAAAAUACCCAAAACCCAGGGCCCCCCGGCGGGCCUAUGGAUCCUACUGUGCAACACCCGUCUGGGCCAUCUCAUAACAGAGGUUCCUUGAUAGCUCAAGGUUGGGGAGAGCUACCCAGCUCCCACACGAAAUCAGAGAGCUCUUGGGGGGAACCUGCACCCUCUCCGGUCAGCGUAGAUAACGGCACGUCUGCCUGGGGGAAACCUAGCGGGAACUGUGGGGGCUGGGGAGAAAGCAACCCAGAAAAUUAUGGCAGGAGCAACCCACCAAUGACAUCUGCAUCAUGCAAACCUGCCCCCAAACCUAUGCAAGACGGAUGGGGAGGUGGAGGUGAGGAGCUCAGCAUGUCGGGUGGUCAGUGGGAUGCAGAGGAGGGAGACAUGUGGAACAGCACUGCCUCCCAGGAGAGCAACUCUUCCUGCAACUCAUGGGGAAAUGCAUCCAAAAAGGGCCCGCAGAAGGGGAAGGUCCCAGGGAAGCAGGAAGAUGCCUGGAUCAUGAACCGUCUCAUCAAGCAGCUGACAGACAUGGGCUUCCCGCGGGAUCCGGCAGAGGAGGCGUUGAAAAGCAACAACAUGAACCUGGAUCAGGCCAUGAGUGCCCUGCUGGAGAAGAAGACAGAGCUGGACAAACGUGGGAUGGGGAUAGCUGGCCACGACUACAACAACGGGCUCAUCAACAAGCCCAUUAGCUGCCCUCGGCCUCCGCUUCUUUCCAAAGACCCCUCAGCAGAUCCCCGCUUGCCCUUCAUGGAUAAGAUGCAGAGUGGAAUGUUUGGCGGUGGUGGAGCAGCACAAGCCCGGGCAAUGCAGCAGCCGCAGCCGCCUCCUCAGCCACCAGUGCCGCCUCUCAGCUCCUCUCAGCCUAGUCUACGUGCUCAAGUGCCUCAGUUUCUCUCCCCUCAGGUUCAAGCACAGCUCUUACAGUUUGCAGCAAAAAACAUUGGUCUGAAUCCUGCACUUUUAACCGCACCAAUAAACCCUCAACAUAUGACCCUUCUGAAUCAACUUUACCAGCUGCAACUGGCGUACCAGCGUUUACAAAUUCAACAGCAGAUGUUGCAGGCGCAGCGCAACGUUUCUGGCCCCAUCCGACAACAAGAGCAGCAAGUUGCACGUACAAUCAAUAACAUGCAGCAGCAGAUCCAACAGCACCAGCGACAGCUGGCCCAGGCCCUGCUGAUGAAGCAGCAGCAACAGCAGCCGCCCCCUUCCCACUCGAGCCUGCACCCUGGCGGGACUAAAUCCUCCCUGGAUUCAUUUCCAGGUCACCCCCAGGCUCCAGGCCUCCCCGACCUGCAGACCAAAGAGCCGCAGUCAUCGCCCAACACGUACAGCCCCUACUCUCUCUCUGGACUGAAUCCAAACAUGAAUGUAAACUGCAUGGAGGUGGGAAAUCUGUCCAUGAAGGAACCCCCACAACCCCAGUCUCGCCUGUCACAGUGGACACACCCCAACUCCAUUGAAAGCCUCUCUGGAAACUCCUCUCCUCUUGAGCCCAACAUGGGCAAGCACGGUGCCAACCUGGGUCCUCCUGGUAAACCCCCUCAGCUGGACGACUCCUACAGCCCCUACAACCUGAUGUCCAGCACCGAGUCUCCCACCAGUCCCCUGGUCACACCAGACAGCUGGGGACAGGGCAAGAGCAACAGCGACAAGAUGGCCAACGGGACCAAUAUCAACUGGCCGCCAGAAUUUUGCCCUGGUGUCCCCUGGAAGGGCCUCCAGAAUAUUGACCCAGAGACUGACCCCAACGACCCCGGCAGUGUCCCCAGUGGGCCCACCAUCAACACCAACAUCCAAGAUGUCAACCGGUACCUGCUCCGGGACCGGAGUGGAGGUGGGAACAGAAUUUUGCAAGGCUCCUCUCCCACUUCAUCUCAGAACGAGGCUCUGCCUCCCUCCACUGAUUGGCCAGUCAGUGCCUACACUAGCUCGUUCAGUCUUUCGUCUCCGGACAUAGACGAUGCAGGUAAACUGUCAGAGAUGAAAUCUACCUGGUCUCCAGGCCCCAUCUCUCACAGCCAGGCUUCCUUAUCCCACGAACUGUGGAAGGUCCCCCAAGGGCCUCGAAGCAGCACCACAGCCCCUUCUCGCCCCCCGCCGGGCCUUACCAACACAAAGCCUUCCUCCACCUGGGGGGGAAACUCUCUGGGUCUGGCCCAAGGCUGGAGCAGCUCCUACACCACAGCAGGUACCACGUGGAGUACGGACAGCUCCAGCAGGACCAGCAGCUGGCUGGUUCUGAGAAACCUCACUCCACAGAUCGAUGGUUCGACUCUGCGUACACUGUGCAUGCAGCACGGCCCCCUCAUCACAUUCCACCUCAACCUGACACAAGGAAACGCUGUGGUGCGCUACAGCUCCAAGGACGAAGCUGCCAAGGCUCAGAAGUCCCUGCACAUGUGUGUGCUGGGGAACACCACCAUCCUGGCCGAGUUCGCCGGGGAAGAGGAAGUGAACCGCUUCUUUGCACAGGGCCAGUCGCUUGGUGGGACGACCAGCUGGCAGGCCACUCCAGGCACCAAUCAGACGAGGAUGGCCGGCACCGGGUCCGGAGCCUCCCACCCCAUCGGCCACUCGCCCCACUGGAACAACAACAACGGCUCCAACAGCAGCAGUAGCAGCGGCCUGGGAGCAGGCGCCACAAAGACGGGUGGAGAGCUGCUUUGGGGCGGCGUUCAGCAGUAUUCCAGCUUGUGGGGACCCCCGAGUGGCGAGGAGGGACGCGUCAUGGGGAGCCCCACCCCAAUCAAUACACUGCUGCCCGGGGACCUGCUGAGCGGAGAGUCCAUGUAGGGAAAACGAG